AUGGCGUCAUCACCGAUCGGCGUAGCCAUCAUCGGCAGCGGUCAUUUCGCCAAGGAACAACACCUGCCCGCCGUGCUUGGUUGCAGCUCACUGCGACUCAAGGCCAUAUUCUCUCGCUCGCUGUCGUCGGCGCAGGAGGCGGCCAAACUUGUGCCGUCAUCGUCGACGACGCCUGUGCCCGACCUGUACGCGGCUGACGCCGGCCCCGGACGUGAGUACGACGAUCUCCUCGGCCGGGCCGACAUCGUGGCCUUCAUCAUCGCGCUGCCAAUCGUCGCACAGCCGGCCUUUGUCGAGGCCGCCCUCGGCGUCGGUAAGCACGUGCUGGCGGAGAAACCGAUCGGGCCGGACGUUGCCACAGCCCAGAGAUUGAUUGCUUUCUCGAAGUCGUCCAAGGCCUCCUCGGGGGCGACCCUCUCGGUGGCCGAAAACUUCCGCUUCGUGCCGCGCCUCGUCUACGCCCGCGAUCAAGCCCGCCGGCUCGGUCGUGUCACCCACUUCAGCGUCAAGGUCAUGUCGCUCAUGAAGCCCGAGGCCAAGUGGUACCGCACCGCCUGGCGCCAGACGCCCGCCUACCAGGGCGGCUUCCUGCUGGACGGCGGCGUCCACCACGCUGCCGCUGCGCGCUUCAUCUUCCUCGCCGGCGACGAAAACCGGGCGGUUGACGUGCGGGCCUUCAGCGACCGCGUGUGCGAGCACCUGCCGCCCAUCGACAGCGUCGCCGCCAUCGUUCGCACCGCCUCGUGCGCUACCGGCACCGUCCAGCUCUCGGCCGGCUCGCUCAUGGACGCCUUCGAGUGGGACGUGGCCUGCGAGCGCGGCAGCGUCAAGUCUGCGGGCGAGACGGUCACGGUACGGACCGCCGACGGCGCCGCCCCCGUUGUCGAGCAGUUCGAUCGCGUGUCGGGGGUGCCCGAGGAGGUGGCCGCCUGGGCCGCGGGCAUCCUUGCCGGCACGCCCGACCCGCGGCAGAGCGCUGAAGAGGCUUUGGCCGACCUCGAGUUCCUCGAGAAGAUAUUCCGAAGCGGCGAAGAUGAUGGCGCGCUCAAGCAAUACGAAUUCCAGUCAUGA